AUCAAGGCCUUGGAGUGCCCCUCCGGCCCGGGGUAGGCCGUAGUCCACCUUAUCCACUUCUCUCUCUCUCUCUCUCUGCGGGACUGACCCAUCGGAAUUAGAAAGAACUUCAUCUCCUUCAAUUGUUACCUGUUUCAGAGGGAAAAUCGUAAAUCGAGUAAAUACUAAAUCAAUUUUCGUGCCACACUUUGAACUCCGACUCUAUAUUACAGGUUCUCUUGAUUCUUUCAGAAGCAAAAGAGACACUUUAUGAGUUCUUUCCACCAUAUUUUUUUUUUAAGUAUUGAUACUGUUGCUAUUCUGAUAUGUCCUUGUCGUGCAAGCUGAUUUGCUGCCACCAAAGCUGCAAAAAGUUUUGUUAUUAAUGGAAAUCAUUGGUGGGUACGGGCUUGCUAUUGACUCCACUAUGAAGAGAAAAAGGACUAGGGUAUCACGCAGACCUCGGGCUAAUUCUGAUACACUAUUUCAGAGUUACUUUGAUCGGCUGUCACUUGUAGAACCUUUUGCAAAACAAGCUGACAAUGAAAAUGUGAGGGAUACAAUGGUUGCUUCUGAUAGAUUAGGAACUGACAACAAGCUGAAGAAGCUAAAGCUCAAGUUUGGGGGUGUUACUCAUACUAUUCAUGCCAAGUCAAAGACAGAAACAGGCUUCGACUGUGGUUCUUUUAUAACAAACUUUUCUCCUUGUUCUGAUGGGCCUAAGCCUCAGGAUGAGACAGAUGGUAUUGAUGCCUAUCUUUUGGAUAAGAGGAGAGGCCUUGGGGACAAAUUUCUUAAGCCCUCUAGAACCGAAUCUGGUUCUACAGCAGAGAAUCAUUCACAAAGAGGAAAGACAACUGGACAAAGUUUAAAUGUCAAUCAUGAGCAUGUCCGUAAGGGCAAGUGCAUUCCCAAGAGAUGUGCCUUGGACGUGGGAUCUAGUGAUGAAGAUAAUGAAGAUGCAGAACUUCACUUUCUUGAAACAUUGAAUGCCUCAAAAAGAGUUGUUAAUCGCCAUAAAGAUAACCGAGGAAGCACAGAAGAACAUGUCAUUUGUAAGGUUGCUGAGAGUAGUCAGAUUGAUGAUCUUAAAGACCUUUUAACACCAGGCUCAAUCAAAGAUGGUAAAAAGAAGUUGAACUCGAAGAAGAAAUAUGAGGAUGAUGACUAUGUGGAAGAAGACCCAACAUCAAGUGAUGAGUCACUAUCAGAGAGGAAGAAGCCAAAGAGGAAAAAUGUUGAUUUACUUGUACGUGGAAGGCAAUGUGCCCGCAUUAAUCGGAAUUGUACAGUUGACUCUUCCAAAGAUGCUUUAUCUGGAUCAGAUGCAAGCAUUAUUGACAUCUCAGAUAACAGGAUGAAGGGCAAAUCGUCAGAAAUGGAGCAGCAACUCAAGAAAGCUGAGGCUGCAAAGAGACGUAAAAUUCAAUCAGAGAAGGCAGCUAGGGAGGCUGAGGCGGCAGCCAUCAGGAAGAUACUUGGUCAAGAAUCUGGUAGGAAGAAGAAAGAGGAAAAGAUGAAUAAGCGCAGGGAUGAAUUAGCUAAGGAAAAAUCUAGCAAAUCCUUCAAUCUAGGAUCAAACACUGUUCGAUGGACUAUGGGUCCCAAAGGAACUGUUGUAACAUUUUCUGAAGAUAUUGGUCUACCAAGUAUCUUCCAAACGAUGCCUAACAGCUAUCCUCUGCCCAGAGAAAAAUGCGCAGGUCAAAACUGCACUAAUGUGUACAAGUAUCGAGAUUCCAAGUCAAAACUUCCCCUUUGCAGUCUUGGUUGUUACAGAGCAAUUCAUGAAAAGAUCCGACCUGUGGUUGCAUGCUAAUCCUUGUAAAUAAUAGAAGAUAGUUAUAAGAUUUGAUUUACAUACAUGAAAAAUUGAUAAAAAAAUGUACCGAUUAUGCUUUCCCGCCGUAAGCCACUUAAGGGCAUGUUUGGUGCAGAGCAUAGGAUAAAGCCUGAUAGUAUAAGGUCUGAUUGAAUUUUAAUACUAUUCAGCGUUU